GCAUCACGCGCUGCGAUGCGCAAGCAGGCGCGAUAAAUCCCUUAUACUGUUCUCUAGUUUUUUCAUUAGUCUCUGGUUCGACUGGUUAUUUGAUAAACAGCUUAGGAGUGCAAAAGUGACGAAAAUCGUACGUAUUCCAGCUAGAAAUAUCAAGGAGUACAUGAUGCUUCCCAAGUUCGUUUUCCUGAUGCUUGCAAUGGUUGUGGUCACCUGUCAAGCCAGUUUGAUAGACAGACCAGGAGAAUAUGGAACAUUGAAACAAGACUUUCCCCAAGUCCACGACAAAGUCCAGUAUGAUGACACAUGGUAUGACUGCUACGAGUUGACCCACAACCUCCCUCCUGGACCCCACUGUAGCUGUGCCUUCCUGGCAUGUACUGGUAUCGCCAACUGCUGGGGACUUCAGUCUUCUCACUGCUUCGUAUUCAACCCUUUCUACGACUACAAGAGCAUGUCCGAGGAGGACUGUAUUUGCCAUUAUCAUUAAGGCUCCGCUGACCGCUUCGCAGCACUUAGAUUUCAACCUGGUUAUUGAUGUCACAGUUACAAAAACGCAAAAUUAGCUUUGCACAAAAAGAUAUUAAAGUCUGCGAUAUUUCACAUUAAACCCAGUUAACCACACAGUUGGCCUCUUUCAGGGGGUGGAAACUCCGGAGUUUGUAGAAUAUUCCCUUCAUAAGCAGAUAAAUGGAUGUUUACAGGGAUCACAUGACCAAGAGAGCAUGUUCUCUUUAUAUGACAUACCGUACUUGAUGAACCCCUAGUAAAAUUUGUGCCUCCCCAA